AUGAGUAAUAUAAAUAUAGUAUGUCUAGGGGGUGCUAGUGAAGUAGGUAGGUCAUGCGUUAUUAUCGAAUGUGAUAAAACGUCAGUUAUGCUUGAUUGUGGAAUUCAUCCAGCUUUUAUGGGUAUCGGUUGUUUACCUAUUUAUGAUGCUUAUGAUAUAUCUAAAGUGGACUUAUGUUUAAUUACUCAUUUUCACAUGGAUCAUAGCGGUGCAUUACCAUAUUUAAUUAAUAAAACACGAUUUAAAGGUCGUAUAUUUAUGACAGAAGCUACAAAAAGCAUUUGUUAUUUAUUAUGGAAUGAUUAUGCACGUAUUGAGAAAUAUAUGAACGUUGUUAAUAAGAAUAAGCUGAGCAAAAAUAAGAAAGGUGGUGAAGAUGAUAAUGGAUUAAAUAAUGGGAAUAUGUUGUUAUCUAAUGAAUAUUCAAGUGAUGAAAAUAUAGAUGAUAAUGGUGAUGUGUAUGAAAAUAAUGAUAAUGGUGAUGGUAAUAGUAAUGUAUUAUAUGAUGAAAAUGAUAUAGAUAAAACUAUGGAUUUAAUAGAAACAUUAAAUUUCCAUCAGAAUUUUGAAUUCCCAAAUGUGAAAUUUACAGCAUAUCGUGCAGGACAUGUUAUAGGUGCCUGUAUGUUUUUAGUAGAAAUAAAUAAUAUACGUUUUUUAUAUACAGGAGAUUAUAGUAGAGAAAUUGAUCGACAUAUUCCAAUAGCUGAAAUACCAAAUAUUGAUGUACAUGUUUUAAUAUGUGAAGGUACAUAUGGUAUUAAAGUUCAUGAUGAUCGAAAAAAAAGAGAAAUACGAUUUUUAAAUAUUUUAACAAGUAUGAUAAAUAAUAAAGGAAAAGUGUUACUACCUGUCUUUGCUUUAGGUAGAGCUCAAGAAUUAUUACUUAUAUUAGAAGAACACUGGGAUAAAAAUAAACAUUUACAAAAUAUUCCAAUCUUUUAUAUAUCUUCGAUGGCUACUAAAUCAUUAUGUAUUUAUGAAACAUUUAUAAAUUUAUGUGGUGAAUUUGUAAAGAAGGUAGUUAAUGAAGGAAAAAACCCAUUUAAUUUUAAAUAUGUGAAAUAUGCUAAAUCACUUGAAUCAAUAUCUAGUUAUUUAUAUCAAGACAAUAACCCAUGUGUUAUUAUGGCUUCCCCUGGUAUGCUACAAAAUGGAAUAUCAAAAAAUAUUUUUAAUAUUAUUGCCUCAGAUAAAAAAAGUGGUGUUAUAUUAACAGGGUAUACCGUAAAAGGUACCCUAGCAGAUGAAUUAAAAACAGAACCUGAAUUUGUAACAAUAAAUGAUAAAGUUGUUAAGAGAAAAUGUAGAUUUGAACAAAUAUCAUUUAGUGCUCAUUCAGAUUUCAAUCAAACCAAAACUUUCAUAGAAAAAUUAAAAUGUCCUAAUGUUGUUUUAGUACACGGUGAUAAGAAUGAAUUAAAUAGAUUGAAAAAUAAAUUAAUAGAAGAAAAACAAUAUUUAUCUGUUUUUACUCCUGAACUUUUACAGAAAUUGUCUUUCCAUUUUGAACAAAAUGAUUCUCUUAUUUCGUUGGGAAAAUUAUCUGAACAUAUUAAAAAAAUUAAUAAAAAAAUUAAGUUAGAAGGAUUAAAAAUGAAAAAAGAGAAAAUGAUAGCUAAUGAUGAACAUAUAUCUGUAAAGAAUGAAAUGGGUGAUAUAAAUAAUGAUGAAGAAAAUUUACAAAUUUCAGAUAAGAAGAAAAAUAAAGUUGAUGAACAUGAUAAACAUAAUAUAAAUAAUAAUAUUUCAAAUGAAAAACAUAAUGUAAAUAAUCAAAUUGAAGGAAUUAUAAUUACAGAACCACAAAAUGUACCUAUUCUUAUUUAUCCUAAUGAUAUUUAUGAAUAUACAAAUUUAAAAACAGCCAUGAUUGAUCAAACUAUUAAUAUAAGCUUUCCGUAUAGAUUUGAUUUAUUAUAUAAUGUAAUUAUUAAUGUAUACGAAGAAACACAUAUGGAUGAUAAUCUUAUUAUUGUAAAAGAUAUUAAAAUUAUUUAUUGUAAAGACGAUAAAAUGAUCAAAAUUAAUUGGUUAUCAAGUCCGUUAAAUGACUUAAUUGCAGACAGUAUUAAUUUUUUAAUUCUUGAAUUUUUAGAAACAAUGAAUACAAAUCAAAAUUCUAUUCCUAUUGCUGAUGUGCUUACUGAUCAUAAUAUAUAUGAAAUGAUUAUAUCUUAUGUUGAGGAAAAUUUUACUAAUGUCGAGAGAAUCUCAAAAGAAAUCUUAAAAGAAAAAACGUUACAAAUGAUUAAAAAAAAAGAACAACUAAAACUAAAAAAUAAUGAUAAUGAAAAUUCACAGAAUUUUAAAGAUGAUAAUGUAUGUGAAGAUCAAAAUGUUGAAGAUUCUAAUACAAAUAAUAUUUAUUUGGAUGAGCAAAUAAAUCUCUUCUCUUAUGAUCAAAUUCUAUUUGAUUAUAUUUCAAAAAUUAUAGCUGUUGACUUAAAACAACAUGAUGAAAUAAAUGAAAUCUUAAAAUUUAAUGCAAAGGAUAAUAAUAAUAAUGAUGUACAAGUUUUUGUUGACAUGGAUAAUAGAGAGAUUAUAUGUAAAGAUCAAAAUAUAUUAACGAAGGUUCGAGAAAUUCUGCGAAAUAUUGAGGAGUCCCUACUACCCAUGUGUUUUUAA